AUGUGGAGUGCGGGUGAAAGGUGGAGUGUGGGUGAGAGGUGGAGUGUGGGUGAGAUGUGGAGUGCGGGUGAAAGGUGGAGUGUGGGUGAGAGGUGGAGUGUGGGUGAGAUGUGGAGUGUGGGUGAGAGGUGGGGUGUAGAUCUGAACAUUCCUCCUACUACUGAAAACCCCACUCCAUCCUGCAACAAACUCUGUCCAAGCGAUGCCCAGUGCAUUGUGAUUUCUGAGAACACUUUCAGCUGCCAGUGCACUACGAAUGGCUUUAUCUUCAGCGAAGCCGACCAGCAGUGCCAUGAUCAAAACACUCCUCCUACUAAUCCAACCCCCACUCCAUCGUGCAACAAAGUCUGUCCAGGCGAUGCCAAGUGCAUUGUGCUUGCUGACAACACUUUCAGCUGCCAGUGCGUUAACGACGGUUUUACCUUCAGUGAAGCCGACCAGCAGUGCCAUGAUCAAAACAUCCUUCCUCCUACUCAAAACCCCUCUCCAUCCUGCAACAAAGUCUGUCCGAGCGAUGCCCAGUGCAUUGUGACUUCUGAGAACACUUUCAGCUGCCAGUGCACCGCGAAUGGCUUUACCUUCAGCGAAGCCGACCAGCAGUGCCAUGACGCGUGUUAUCAAGUGGAUUGCGGCAGCAGUGCUACCUGCUCUUUGGCCGAUGGCACUCCCAAGUGCUUGUGCAAAGACAAAGGUCGCACCUUUAAUGAAACAGACAAGACCUGCAAUGACGCAUGUUAUCAAGUGGAUUGCGGCAGCAGUGCUUCCUGCUCUUUGGCCGAUGGCACUCCUAAGUGCUCGUGCAAAGUCAAUGGUCACACCUUUAAUGAAACAGACAAGACUUGCAAUGACGCGUGUUAUCAAGUGAAUUGCGGCAACACUGCUUCCUGCUCUAUGGCCAAUGGCACUCCCAAAUGCUCAUGCAAAGCUACUGGACACGCCUUCAAUGAAACAGACAAGACGUGCAAUGAUGCGUGUUAUCAAGUGGAUUGCGGCAGUAGUGCUACCUGCUCUAUGGCCGAUGGCACUCCCAAGUGCUCCUGCAAAGCUACUGGUCACACCUUUAACGAAACAGACAAGACUUGCAAUGACGCGUGUUAUCAAGUGAAUUGCGGCAACACUGCUUCUUGCUCUUUGGCCGAUGGCACUCCCAAGUGCUCCUGCAAAGCUACUGGUCACACCUUCAACGAAACAGACAAGACUUGCAAUGCCCCGUCUGUGGUCCCCUCGACAGCCCCGUCGGUGGUGCCCACAACAGCCCCGUGUGCCAAGGAUUGUGGAACUGCCAAGUGCAUUGUGGAGGAGGGCAAGGCCCAGUGCAAGUGCCCCUUGGGCCUCGUGUUCAAUGAGGCUGAGAAGAUCUGCAGCGAUGCGUCUUAUACUGCUGCGGCAGACCCUUGCAAGACGGGCACACUGAAGUGCGGCAAGAACUCAAAGUGCGUUGUGAAGAACGGGCAUGGGAGUUGCGAGUGUAACGCCGGCUACACCAAGACGAACCGCCUCUGCACUGGUGAGCCGGCCGAGAAAUUUUGUUUGAAAGGCUGGUGGCCAAGAGCUCAAGAGGUCAAGAGUUCAAGAGGCUAG